AUGGCGUUGGUUCUGCCAUGGCAUUGGUGCUGCCAUGGCAUUGGUGCUGCCAUGGCAUUGUUGCUGCCGUGGCAUUGGUGCUGCCAUGGCAUUGGUGCUGCCGUGGCAUUGGUGCUGCCAUGGCAUUGGUGCUGCCAUGGCAUUGGUGCUGCCGUGGCAUUGGUGCUGCCAUGGCAUUGGUGCUGCCAUGGCAUUGGUGCUGCCAUGGCAUUGGUGCUGCCAUGGCAUUGGUGCUGCCAUGGCAUUGGUGCUGCCAUGGCAUUGGUGCUGCCAUGGCAUUGGUGCUGCCAUGGCAUUGGUGCUGCCAUGGCAUUGGUGCUGCCAUGGCAUUGGUGCUGCCAUGGCAUUGGUGCUGCCAUGGCAUUGGUGCUGCCAUGGCAUUGGUGCUGCCAUGGCAUUGGUGCUGCCAUGGCAUUGGUGCUGCCAUGGCAUUGGUGCUGCCAUGGCAUUGGUGCUGCCAUGGCAUUGGUGCUGCCAUGGCAUUGGUGCUGCCAUGGCAUUGGUGCUGCCAUGGCAUUGGUGCUGCCAUGGCAUUGGUGCUGCCAUGGCAUUGGUGCUGCCAUGGCAUUGGUGCUGCCAUGGCAUUGGUGCUGCCAUGGCAUUGGUGCUGCCAUGGCAUUGGUGCUGCCAUGGCAUUGGUCCUGCCAUGGCAUUGGUGCUGCCAUGGCAUUGGUGCUGCCAUGGCAUUGGUGCUGCCAUGGCAUUGGUGCUGCCAUGGCAUUGGUGCUGCCAUGGCAUUGGUGCUGCCAUGGCAUUGGUGCUGCCAUGGCAUUGGUGCUGCCAUGGCAUUGGUGCUGCCAUGGCAUUGGUGCUGCCAUGGCAUUGGUGCUGCCAUGGCAUUGGUGCUGCCAUGGCAUUGGUGCUGCCAUGGCAUUGGUGCUGCCAUGGCAUUGGUGCUGCCAUGGCAUUGGUGCUGCCAUGGCAUUGGUGCUGCCAUGGCAUUGGUGCUGCCAUGGCAUUGGUGCUGCCAUGGCAUUGGUGCUGCCAUGGCAUUGGUGCUGCCAUGGCAUUGGUGCUGCCAUGGCAUUGGUGCUGCCAUGGCAUUGGUGCUGCCAUGGCAUUGGUGCUGCCAUGGCAUUGGUGCUGCCAUGGCAUUGGUGCUGCCAUGGCAUUGGUGCUGCCAUGGCAUUGGUGCUGCCAUGGCAUUGGUGCUGCCAUGGCAUUGGUGCUGCCAUGGCAUUGGUGCUGCCAUGGCAUUGGUGCUGCCAUGGCAUUGGUGCUGCCAUGGCAUUGGUGCUGCCAUGGCAUUGGUGCUGCCAUGGCAUUGGUGCUGCCAUGGCAUUGGUGCUGCCAUGGCAUUGGUGCUGCCAUGGCAUUGGUGCUGCCAUGGCAUUGGUGCUGCCAUGGCAUUGGUGCUGCCAUGGCAUUGGUGCUGCCAUGGCAUUGGUGCUGCCAUGGCAUUGGUGCUGCCAUGGCAUUGGUGCUGCCAUGGCAUUGGUGCUGCCAUGGCAUUGGUGCUGCCAUGGCAUUGGUGCUGCCAUGGCAUUGGUGCUGCCAUGGCAUUGGUGCUGCCAUGGCAUUGGUGCUGCCAUGGCAUUGGUGCUGCCAUGGCAUUGGUGCUGCCAUGGCAUUGGUGCUGCCAUGGCAUUGGUGCUGCCAUGGCAUUGGUGCUGCCAUGGCAUUGGUGCUGCCAUGGCAUUGGUGCUGCCAUGGCAUUGGUGCUGCCAUGGCAUUGGUGCUGCCAUGGCAUUGGUGCUGCCAUGGCAUUGGUGCUGCCAUGGCAUUGGUGCUGCCAUGGCAUUGGUGCUGCCAUGGCAUUGGUGCUGCCAUGGCAUUGGUGCUGCCAUGGCAUUGGUGCUGCCAUGGCAUUGGUGCUGCCAUGGCAUUGGUGCUGCCAUGGCAUUGGUGCUGCCAUGGCAUUGGUGCUGCCAUGGCAUUGGUGCUGCCAUGGCAUUGGUGCUGCCAUGGCAUUGGUGCUGCCAUGGCAUUGGUGCUGCCAUGGCAUUGGUGCUGCCAUGGCAUUGGUGCUGCCAUGGCAUUGGUGCUGCCAUGGCAUUGGUGCUGCCAUGGCAUUGGUGCUGCCAUGGCAUUGGUGCUGCCAUGGCAUUGGUGUUGCCAUGCAUUGGUGCUGCCAUGGCAUUGGGGCACUGUAGGCGAUCAGCAGUACAUCUUGAUUCUGCGUUCCUGAUUCGAGAUACCAGCCCUAAAGUUGCAUCAAGUCUAUGCGGCAAUGAGAAUGACUUAUGCCAUGUUGACCAAACGAGGUCCUACUCUGCUUCCCUGCAACCUGUGUUCCCUGCAACCUGCUUCACCCCCUGUUCUGCUUCGCUGCAACCUGUGUUCCCUGCAACCUGCUUCACCCCCUGUUCUGCUUCGCUGCAACCUGUGUUCCCUGCAACCUGCUUCACCCCCUGUUCUGCUUCGCUGCAACCUGUGUUCCCUGUAACCUGCUUCACCCCCUGUUCUGCUUCGCUGCAACCUGUGUUCCCUGCAACCUGCUUCACCCCCUGUUCUGCUUCGCUGCAACCUGUGUUCCCUGCAACCUGCUUCACCCCCUGUUCUGCUUCGCUGCAACCUGUGUUCCCUGCAACCUGCUUCACCCCCUGUUCUGCUUCGCUGCAACCUGUGUUCCCUGCAACCUGCUUCACCCCCUGCUCUGCUUCGCUGCAACCUGUGCUCCCUGCAACCUGCUUCACCCCCUGUUCUGCUUCGCUGCAACCUGUGUUCCCUGCAAUCUGCUUCACCCCCUGUUCUGCUUCGCUGCAACCUGUGUUCCCUGCAAUCUGCUUCACCCCCUGUUCUUCUUCCCUGCAACCUGUGUUCCCUGCAACCUGCUUCACCCCCUGUUCUGCUUCGCUGCAACCUGUGUUCCCUGCAAUCUGCUUCACCCCCUACUCUGCUUCGCUGCAACCUGUGUUCCCUGCAAUCUGCUUCACCCCCUACUCUGCUUCGCUGCAACCUGUGUUCCCUGCAAUCUGCUUCACCAGCAAACGAGCUGCUUCAUCCCCUUCACAGCUGCUUUAUCCCCUUCACAGCUGCUUUAUCCCCUUCACAGCUGCUUCAUCCCCUUCACAGCUGCUUCAUCUCCUUCACAGCAGCUUCAUCCCCUUCACAGCAGCUUCAUCCCCUUCACAGCAGCUUCAUCCCCUUCACAGCUGCUUCAUCCCCAGCUUCAUCCCCUUCACAGCUGCUUCAUCCCCUUCACAGCUGCCUCAUCCCCUUCACAGCUGCUUUAUCCCCUUCACAGCUGCUUCAUCCCCUUCACAGCAGCUUCAUCCCCUUCACAGCUGCUUCAUCCCCUUCACAGCUGCUUUAUCCCCUUCACAGCUGCUUUAUCCCCUUCACAGCAGCUUCAUCCCCUUCACAGCUGCUUCAUCCCCUUCACAGCAGCUUCAUCCCCUUCACAGCUGCUUCAUCCCCUUCACAGCUGCUUCAUCCCCUUCACAGCUGCUUCAUCCCCUGCUUCAUCCCCUUCACAGCAGCUUCAUCCCCUUCACAGCUGCUUCAUCCCCUGCUUCAUCCCCUUCACAGCUGCUUCAUCCCCUUCACAGCUGCUUUAUCCCCUUCACAGCUGCUUUAUCCCCUUCACAGCUGCUUCAUCCCCUUCACAGCUGCUUCAUCCCCUUCACAGCAGCUUCAUCCCCUUCACAGCUGCUUCAUCCCCUUCACAGCUGCUUCAUCCCCUUCACAGCUGCUUCAUCCCCUUCACAGCUGCUUCAUCCCCUUCACAGCUGCUUCAUCCCCUUCACAGCUGCUUCAUCCCCUUCACAGCUGCUUCAUUCCCUUCACAGCUGCUUCAUCCCCUGCUUCAUCCCCUUCACAGCAGCUUCAUCCCCUUCACAGCUGCUUCAUCCCCUUCACAGCUGCUUCAUCCCCUUCACAGCUGCUUCAUCCCCUUCACAGCUGCCUCAUCCCCUUCACAGCUGCUUCAUGCCCUUCACAGCUGCUUCAUCCCCGUCACAGCUGCUUCAUCCCCUUCACAGCUGCUUCAUCCCCUGCACAGCUCCUUGGCAGAAAAAGCUAGCUAAAGGAAGGUACAGCUCGCUGGCCCGCUCAUGGCAUUCCACCCGUCCCCUCUGCUCGCCUGUACCACUCGUCUCCUCUGCUCGCCUGUACCACCCGUCUCCACUGCUAAUCCGUCUCGUCUGCUGCUCCCUCGCCUCUGCGUCCUUCUGUGGAAUGGGAGGAGAAUAA